CAAAACAUAAAUUGGAAUCACUCACAAAGAGACCACAGCCUGGGAGUUUCUUGAGGACACUGCUGGCUUGCUUUCUCCACAAACUAACAAACUAUUUGCUGGAAAGCACCAAAGCAGCAGCCAGUAUGGAAGGAGGUACAGCCCUUGACGGUGUUACAGCCACCUGGGAGCUUGGGAUGAACCAGUCUGUUGGGCUCAAUGCAACAAGUGACAAUUCCACUUGCCCCUGGCCAGAGAAGUGGCAAUGGCUAUUUACUAUCCAGCCGUAUUUCCUCUGGUUUCUUGCUAUCUUGGGAAUUGUUGAGAAUGUGUUCAUCCUCUUUGUUUUCUGCCUCCACAAGAGCCGCUGCACGGUGGCCGAAAUCUAUUUGGCAAACUUAGCCAUGGCUGACCUUCUGUUGCUCUGUGGAUUACCUUUUUGGGCUAUUAACAUAGCCAGUGGCUUUAAUUGGCCCUUUGGGACCUUCCUUUGCAAAGCUGUCAACAGCAUUGGUCACAUGAACUUGUAUUCUAGCAUUUAUUUCUUGGUGAUGGUGAGCAUCGAUCGCUACCUGGCCUUGGUGAAAACUAUGACUUUGGGACGGAUGCGCCGACCACUCUGUGCUAAAUGGAACUGCCUCAUCAUUUGGAUUUCUGCACUGCUCCUGUGUUCUCCUGCUCUGAUAUUCAGGUCAAUACAGUACGUGGCUGAGCAUAACUUCACAGGCUGCAUUCUGUCUUACCCGCCUGGGAGUCAUUGGCCAGUGAUCACCAACAUUCUCCUGAACACGGUUGGCUUUUUGAUGCCUCUUUGUGUCAUCACCUUCUGUACAGUCCAGAUAAUCCAAGCCUUGAAAAACAAUGACAUGCAAAAGCUCAAAGCCGUUCAGACCGAGAAGAGAGCUACCACCUUGAUCCUUGCUGUUCUUCUCCUGUUUAUUAUCUGCUGGCUUCCUUUCCAGAUCGCAACGUUCUUUGACACAUUGAUUGCAGUCAACGUCAUUUCUGGCUGCACCGCUAGAGAAGUUGUACACGUGGCCACCCAAAUUGCCACAUAUUGUAGUUUCAGCAACAGUUGCCUUAACCCUAUAGCAUACGUCAUUGUGGGGAAACAUUUCAAAAAGAAAUCAAGGGAGGUUUACCAUAAUUUGUUCCUGAGGAGACCUAGCCAAGCACCAUCAGUCCAGAUGGUGAGUUCCAUGGAUACUAUCAGAACUUCUAUAUCUCAGUGGACUGGCUACGGAAAAAAUCUAUUUUUUCUGCACCGCGAUAGCACAGUUUGCUUGCUUUCAUAGGAGAAGAAAACCCUAAAAGGAAGAAGCAGAUAAUCUAUCAUUUCGCCUCCCUUUAUAUGGUGCUUCCAAUUUGAACAGAAUGGAGUCCUUUACAACAAAAUCUUGGCAUAGCUAGCAUUGUAGUAAAAGCUGGGCAGGUCUCUAGUUUGUGUCAAGCAGUGCCAUGUUGGUAGGGAUGGCAGCCUCCUAGUGGAAUCUGGGAAUCACCAAAAUUACAACUCACCUCCAGACUUCAGAGACCAGUUCCCCUGGAGAAAAUGGAUGCUUUAGAAGGUAUACUCCAUGGUAUAGUACCCCACAGAGGCCUUUGCCUUCUCCAGGCUCCACCCCCAAAAUCUUUAGGAUAUCCCAACAUGGAGCUGGCAAGCCUACCCAUCCCUUGCUGGUGGUCAGGGAGAACCUGACAACACUGCAUAUCAGUUGGAAUAUUUUUUUUAAUUAUGAAUGAAUCUUCUUGAGGAUUUUUUCAUUGAAGUAUUACUGAAUUAGGGUGCUCCUAACAACUUUCAUGAGCUCAUCCUUGGUGCUUACACUGCUUUUGGUACCUAAACUAAACACAAAUGUAGAACACCACAGUAUGCCUAUGUAUGUAACCUGCACCCCAAAGACCCUCUUUAGAUCGUAGUAAAGAGACAAAUGCAUAUGACCUAUUUCAACAGAUUCUGAGAACCUGUCCAUUAAGCAGCCAUGUUUCUUAGGUCACCACAUUUAAACAACAAAGUCAAAUGGAGUAAAGCAAUGAAUGUCCGAAUCUGGUCCCUUAGUUCAUAGUUGUAUGUAAAAGUCUCUUGUCAAGUUGGAGUUGACUUAUGAUACCCAGUAGGAUUUUCAAAGCCAAAGACUAACAAAGGUAUCUUCUGCAUAUUUUAUCUCAUUUGCCAAAAAUAAUACUGUAGCGCCAUAUUAGAAAAAUACACACACCUUUAUUCUUACUCUCUACAUAACUUGGCACACCAGCAUUGCCAUUAAAUUCUUUAAAAUGUAGAAGAGACAUAGGCCAUUUAGGCACUUGUGGCCAUUUCUUAGGCGCACUUUGCGUGGGCACCGCAUCUCCCUUUUUUUUGGAUUCUCACACUAUUAAGGCACAUUUUCCCCUUCUCUGAAACUCAUUGCGCUUUCAGGUUAGAAAAGCCCUGCAGUUUCUGAAACCUGGUAAAGUAUGACUUUUUACCUCACCCCCCUUUUGCAGGGAAAGCAAAUAGAAUCAGCAUGUGUUUCUCCUUUGUUGGGUUUUCUCCCUGGCUGCCCUACCCAAAAGUGUGAAUUGGCCAAUAAGCAUGUUGGCAGGCUGCCUGUGCCAUUAAAAAAUAUGUAGCAGCCAAAGAGGAGAAAAACCAUGCUGGAGGAAAAGAAAAGAGCAGAGCAGAGCAGAGCAGAGCAGAGAGUCAGCUGACAGGAGGCACAAGUGGAGCUGCAUGAGUAUGUCCCAGGACCUGCCCAUCUUAAUGGUUCCUGCAUCAUGGAGAGCAGUGGGGGAUGGGCAGAAUUAGGUGGGAGAGCAAAAAGAAGAGGGGGAGGCAAACCUCCCCAACUCCUCCGACCAAAGGGGGGAACAUCCUUGGACUCCCCCAUGGCUGGCAAGAUACCAAGGACAGGAAAUCAUGGUGAAAUCUCUCCAGGGUGAAGAAGUUGGGCAGGAUGCAAAGUUCAGCUCCGCUGCUGUGCCUGUUCUUUCCCUGGCUGCUUUUGUCAGAAUCAGAAAGGCUUAAAAAAAUUUCAUGCUAAAGGAUUUGAAAUUGAUGAAAAAAGAUGGAAGGAGGCUGCAUGAAAACAACGAGGAAGUGGGGGGGGGGCAAAUGGUGGCUAGGAACACUUUGCAGGACAAGAAUCCCUGUACAAACAAAAAACUGCAGGAAAAUCUCAUGGUGAACAGCCACAGGGUAAGUAGUACAUGCAUAAAUGGUCACAGUCGCCUAAAUUCAUUACUUCGGAACGCUACAAUUUAAGAGCGCUUAGACCAAAGCCAGCUUAGGUGAGUGACCUCAAUGUGGUGCCCAGGUCAUGAGACCCUCCCUUCCCCUAGAGCACUUUAGCACCAUAUAAGCAACGCAGACCAUGUCUCAAUUUAGGGAAUCUAUAUUUUUAACAGAAUUUAACCAUCACCACCAUCUUACCUAACUAAUACCUUUUUAUCUCACCCUUUCUUCAAAGAACUCAGGGAAGCGUAUAUAGUUCUCUUUUGCUGCCAUUUGUCCUCCUCGUGAACAGCGCCAAGCCUCCAAAUCACCUAGUGAGCUUCGUGACUGAGUGGGCAUUUGAAUCCUCGUCUCCUAAACCUAGCUCAACACUCUGAGUGUUCUACCAUACAAGCUGUAAACUGGAUGACGCUCCUGACAGAACAUUAUGCAUGAGAGCAUCGCUUGUGCUGGGGCAUCCCAGGUCUACCUUAAGUCUGAAAAUAGAGACUUAAAUCAAUUCAAAGCAUUCAUUUCUCCAGAGAAGACUCUUGUACAAAAAUACAUAAUAUAUAUAAAAACAUAUAUAUCUAAUUGUAUUGUAUUGAAAACUAUGCUUUUCUACAAAA